AUGCCCAAGUCCAAGCGGGCCCGCAUCGUCCACACCUCAUCGGUGCAAAAGAAACCCAGCAAAGAGAAGUCCGCCUCGCUCUACGCCGCCGUGAGGGCCGCGGCCGACACCUACCCACACAUCAUCGUCUUCCGCGUGGAGAACAUGCGCAACACCUACCUCAAGGACGUCCGGCAACACUUCAGCGACAGCAGAAUGUUCUUCGGCAAGACAAAGGUCAUGGCGAAGGCGCUGGGAACGACGGCGGAGGACGAGCACAUGCCGGGGUUGGCGGGACUAUCGACACAUCUGAAUGGCAGCGUGGGUUUGUUGUGCACGAGUCGGGACCCCGAGGAGGUGGCGGAUUACUUUCGCGAGUACAUUGAGGUGGAUUUUGCGAGGGCAGGCAAUCCGGCCACCAGGACAUUCGUGGUGCCUGCCGGUGUGGUGCACAGCACUGGUGGUGAGCAACCGGUGGAAGACGAUGUGCCUCUGCCACACUCACUGGAAGCUACGGUCAGGAAGUGGGGGAUGCCGACGAGACUGGACAAGGGCAAGGUGGUGCUGAACGAGGAGCACGUGGUGUGUGAGGAGGGCAAACUGAUGAACUCCAACCAGACGGCGCUGCUGAAACUGUUUGGGAUUGUCAUGGCGGAGUUCCGGGUGCAAGUGUUGGCGUAUUGGAGUGCUUCGAGUCAGGAAGUUACGCUGGUGGAUGAGAGCUGA